GCCAACAUGGAAAUAACACUAACAGCUGUUAAAGCGGAAGUGGCUGUGGCUCAGUAAACAUCGACUUACAAACUCAUAACUCUCAUAAAUCUGUCUUGUCGAGGUAAGAUAAUAAAGCAGCUGCUCUACAAGACCGAUGAUCAAACAGCCUGAUGACCUGACGUGAUCGAUCAUGGCCUCUACAGAUGAACCUCCUGAAAGGCACUGCUGGGUGUGUUUUGCGACGGAGCGAGAAGACCGUGUGGCCGAGUGGGUCAGUCCAUGCCGCUGUAAAGGCUGCACCAAGUGGAUCCACCAGGCCUGUCUGCAGCGCUGGCUGGACGAGAAACAGAAAGGCAACAGCGGCGGAGCGGUCAGCUGCCCACAGUGUGGCACCGAGUACCGUAUAGUCUUCCCCAAAAUGGGUCCUCUGGUGUAUUUCCUGCAGCAGGUGGAUCGAGUUCUGUCCCGGGUCAGUCCGUUUGCUGCUGCCGGCGUGGUGGUGGGCACAGUGUACUGGUCAGCGGUCACCUACGGAGCUGUCACUGUCAUGCAGGUGGUGGGUCAUAAGAAGGGUUUGGAUGUUAUGGAGCGUGCAGACCCCCUCUUCCUUCUGAUGGGUUUACCCACAAUCCCUGUAAUGCUGGUGCUGGGGAAGAUGAUUCGGUGGGAAGAUUACGCCGUGCGACUGUGGCAGCGCCAUUCUGCCAAACUGCAGAUGCUGAGCAGCAUCGUUCCAGGUAUUGGUCGGCCCCUCCCCCGUGUUCCAGCUGACGGUGGUUACAGUGGUGACCAUAUCUCUGUGUCCCGGACGCUGUGUGGAGCACUGGUGUUCCCCUCCAUUGCCAGCCUGGUGGGCCGGCUUCUCUUUCGGAGGGUUCCCUCCAGCCUGCAGCGCACUGUUCUGGGUGGAAUUGCAUUUGUGGUGAUUAAAGGAGCACUAAAAGUUUAUUUUAAGCAGCAGCAGUUCCUCAUUCAGGCCAACCGGCGCAUCCUUAACUACCCCGAGAGGGACGGACAGGGCGACUUGGCGGAGGAGGAGGAGGGUGGAAACGAGUGAUGAAGAAGACAGUCUAGACGAGUGACAAGGCCCAGAGCGCCCCACUCCACUGAACUUCCGUUCUGUACAAGACUUCAAAAUUCAGAACCUAAUUAGUCAGAACCAAUGUUUUGCACAGUUAAUGAAUAGUUUUGAGGUCUUGAUCACGAUCAUGAAUUGUAGAUGUUAUUUUAUUUCAGAUAUUGCUUUAUUAAAAUGUGAUUAUCUACAUUUG